UGUCGCAUCCGGUGGUAUCUUUGGUUCAGUUGUCCGGGAAACCCGCCAUGUACGAGCGCUCGGUCUGAGACGAUUUGCUGAGGAAAGACGCCUUUAUCUGUGGUUUAAUGUCCGGCUCGGUUAGCAGAGUCUGACAGAUGACAAGCUAGUUCAGAGAACAAGGAACGAGCACGAAACGUUACCCGCCGGUGAAUCUUACAGUCAGAUCUACUAAGCUCAGAUCCGACAUGACCCAACAAGCUGCUGCUCUGCAGACCUACAACAAUGAACUUGUCAAAUGUAUUGAGGACCUGUGCUCCAAACGGGACGAGCUGAACCGUCAGAUCAAGCAGGAGGAAGAGGAGAAGGAGCGACUGCAGCACGACAUCCGCAUCCUCUCAGAGAAGCUGAGCAGGGUCAAUGAGAGCCUGGCGCAAAGGCUCGCCGCCCGCGCCACCUUCGACCGCACCAUCGCUGAGACCGAGGCUGCAUACACCAAGAUCCUGGAGAGUUCCCAGUCUCUUCUAAGUGUCCUGAAGCAGGAGGCAGGAAACCUGAGUAAAGCCACAGAGCCCCGGAGGAAGGAGCAUUAAUGCCAACGAACGUUCACGUGUUUCGGCCACAGCAGCACAUUUAAUUCUGCGCUUUUCACUCUGGACUAUUUAUAAUAUAUUUGAUUAAUGUUGUAAAUUCUUUAUUCCAAUAAAUGUGUUUCUUAUCA